CGAAUUUUCUGAGUUUGGAUUUGUAUUUCCGAUUUUCGUUAGGGAAGUGGAAUUUGUUUUUAAAAAUUUCCAUUACUGCUUUUCACUUUUCUUGCAGAUAUGGCAUCAUCGUCCCUUUAUACGAAAUUGUUAACUAACCAGAAGAAAAUUGAUUCUUUAUUGGAAGUCGCAAGUAUGAAGCUUGAACAAAGAAGAAGUCUGUUCGAAAAGUUAAAGGUUCAAGAAGAGAAUAAACAAACGCUCCAAUUAGAGGCAGAGAUUGAACGACUGAAAGCGAAAUUAAUUGAAAUGGAAACACUGGGCGGAAUAAAGCAGGUCAAUAUUCCGAAGUUUAAUAAAAAAAAUUUGCUUACGGGAAGUAGUAGUGACACGAUCCCAGUGGUUCAAAUGGAAAAGGCGAAUGAAAAGGAUAUGAAUGAAGUGGAAGCAUUACAGAGGGAAGUAAAAACUAAAAGAAAUGAAGAUACAAAAAGUAAAAAGGAAGCAAAAGUGACGGAGUGGAAAUCAAAACUAGGAUGCAAGCCGGCGAUGGAACAAUCUGAAAAGGUCAAAGGUGAUGAAGCAAUUGAUAUUGGUCGCUUGGAUAUACGAGUUGGUCGAAUUUUGAAAGUAGAAAAGCAUCCGGAUGCGGAUAGCCUGUAUAUUGAACAAAUAGAUGUUGGUGAAGAUAAACCUCGUACCAUUAUCUCUGGUCUUGUGCGACAUGUCUCUAUUGAACAGAUGCAAAAUCGACUUGUAAUAUGUCUUUGUAAUUUGAAACCAGUGAAAAUGCGUGGUAUCGAAUCGCAGGGAAUGGUUCUGUGCGCUUCUACUUCUGAAAAGGUUGAACUGAUUGAGUUUGAUGAAAGCUGCAUUCCUGGACAACCGGUAACCUGUGAAGGAUACAAAAGACGACCGGAUUCUAUUCUAAAUCCAAAGAAGAAGAUUUGGGAAGGUGUUGCACCUGAUCUGAAGGUAAAUUGUGAUGGUCAAGUUGUUUACAAAGGACAACCACUGUUAGUCAGUGGUAUAUCACCGUUAGUAGCGCCUAGCUUACGAAAUGUACCUGUGAAAUGA